UAUUUGUUGUUUUUGAUUGUUAAUUUCAACAAUUUAAACGGUUAACGCAAGUAUGGCACUCCUGUGAUGAUUUAUAUUCAUUGCAAUUGACUAGCUAACGACAAUUCAAGUAAACUGCUACUAGCUAAACAGUAUCGUGCACCGCCUAAAAACAAAAUAGCGGAUCGUGUGAGAGCGAGAGAGAAAACGGUAUUUGUGGCGCUCUUUUGCUCUCUCUCUCUCUGUGGCCCCAACUGUGGCCCCCACUCAUUCUCGUCGCCGUUUGGAGCCAAGUGAAUCUGUCGACUACUGCCGCUCUGUGUGUCCCGUUCCGUCUGCAGCAGCGUCAGGUUUGAAAGAUUCGUUCGUCGUACACACUCGCCUACGUCUACGGGCCAUUUGUUUUUCGAAAAAGGGCGAGGCGAAAAUAAAUACAUAUUUCGGUUUAACAAGUGUGUGGCGCGCGAUUGGCUCGUUUAUUGUUAAUACAGCAGAAACAGGAAAUCUGUUGUCGUCGUCGUUGGGUGUUCACUGUGCAUUUAAAGUUAUCAUAUUUACGUGUGUGGCCGCUGGUGUGCCAGGCCAGUGCAUAUAAAUAUAUCUAAAAUCCAUUUAAUUAUAAAUUAAAAACCCCAUCAACUCAACCACACACUGAAUGUCCGAGAAUAAAGGCAUCAUGCUGGCCAAAUCUGUUCAAAAACACGCUGGACGUGCCAAGGAGAAGAUUCUACAAAACUUGGGAAAAGUGGAUCGGACUGCAGAUGAAAUCUUCGACGACCACUUGAACAACUUCAAUCGCCAACAAAUGAGCGCCAACAGAUUACAGAAGGAAUUAAACAAUUAUAUAAGAUGUGUUCGCGCUGCAAAAACCGCCUCCAAGUCCCUGAUGGAUGCCGUGUGCGAGAUCUACGAGCCACAGUGGAGCGGCUACGAAGCCCUGCAAGCACAGACUGGCGCCUCGGACAGCUUGUGGGCGGACUUUGCACACAAACUGGGGGACCAAGUGCUCAUACCACUCAAUACAUACACCGGACAACUUCCCGAAAUGAAGAAAAAAGUUGAGAAGCGCAACCGAAAGCUAAUUGACUACGAUGGCCAGCGCCAUUCGUUCCAAAAUCUGCAGGCCAAUGCCAGCAAACGCAAAGACGACGUCAAGCUGACCAAGGGACGCGAACAGCUGGAGGAGGCCCGACGCACCUACGAGAUCCUCAACACCGAACUGCACGACGAGCUGCCUGCCCUGUACGACUCGAGAAUACUGUUUCUGGUGACCAACUUGCAGACGCUCUUCGCCACCGAGCAGGUCUUCCACAACGAAACGUCCAAGAUACACUCGGAGCUGGAGGCGAUUGUUGACAAACUGGCCACAGAAUCGCAGCGCGGCUCUAACACGCUCCGCAAACAGACAAGCAAUGCCAUCAAGACGUCGAGUCCAGUGCAGUCGCCGGUUAACAAGCUGAACAACGCCAGCAUCAACAGCACCAACUACCAGAAUCAAAUUACCACAAACGGGGGCUCCAGUCUGGCGAACAGCCCAACAUCCACGAGCUCGUCCCUGCAAGAGCCGAGAUUUGAUUCCAUUUCUUCAACACCAGAACCGACACCGGAGUCGCCGUCGCCGUCGCCGCCGCCAAUUUUAAAACAGCGCAUCAGUAGCACCCCAGUGCCGACGACCACAAGCAGCGCCCAAGCAAUGGACAUUGCCGAGCUAAGCAGUCCGAAUGCCAACACGAAGAUCACAACCACCACACAGACAACGACAGUGACAAAGACAGAGGAACAAAAAGCAGCAGGAGAGGGAGCAGCAGAAUCAGCAGCAGCACCCCUCCAGGUGAACGGUAAUGGCAACAACAAUCAAUCCCCGGCAAGCAGUGCCAGUGCACAGGCAAAGCAGAAGGAAAGCAUCAGCAGCAGCACUGCCAGUGGCGGGGGCGGCAAGCAUCCCAAAGAGCUGCCCACAACAACAACGAAUGCCGAAGCAGCGGCUGAGGCGGCCGCCAAUAACGGCAACUCCAUCGAGGAGCACAAGCAGAAGAAAUUAGGUAAUACAGCGAUAGGAAUCACCACUACUACUACCACCAAGCACUUAGUUACAUCAACAGAUACAGAUAAAGAUACAGAUACCGUUACAAAUACAAGUACAAGUACAGUCAGCAAUCAGAUCAGUAGGCAAUUAGUUCAUAGACAAACCGUUAAUAAUGCUAAUAAGAAUCCGUUCGAAGAGGACGAUGAGUGCAUCUACGAGGUUCCCAAUGAUGCCAACACGGCUGAUUUACCGGCCGGCGUGCUCUACCGAGUGAAGGCCACCUACGGCUACGUGAAGGAGGAUGUGGACGAGCUGAGCUUCGAAAUUGGGGACACCAUUCGCGUGAUCGAGUACGAUGAUCCCGAGGAUCAGGAGGAGGGCUGGCUAAUGGGUCAGAAGGAGGGCACCAGCGAGAAGGGCCUCUUCCCCGCCAACUUCACGCGCCCCAUCUGAGCGGAGGUGGACGACCGGAGCCGGAGCUGAGAACCAAUCCACCAAACAGCCACACAAACUGCAGUCCCCACGCCAUCACACCCCACCCAACAUUUUGUUAAACCAUAAAUGUCUACAAAACGGAAAUCCCAAUCCAAACUUUUGGCCCAACUUUCAUUAUUAAAAUUGUCUUGUUCUGUGAAACGCAUUCUUUCGAUUAGCAAUCCGUCGAUUGUUAGAGCAGUGCUUCCAGUUAUUAUUAAUUAUUAUUGUUGAACGCCAUGGCAGACCACACCACACCACGCUAAGGAAUAUCGAAGCGAUUGGCAUUUUGGCACACACCACAUUUUGAGGACGUUUCAAAUUUUAUUUUCUAGUUUUAUUAGUUUCUAGUUUAUUAGUUUUCUAGUUAUAUUAUUUGUUAAAACUACUAUUGUGCUCAUAAUUAAUGCGAACAAAGUGUAAUAAGUUAAAGGCAACACACACAACAUGGAGGAGAAUAUAACCUUAACCUGAACAUUUUGUAUGUGUAUUUUGCAAAUAUGUAGUACGAGUUUUUUAUAGUCAAUUGUGUGUAUCGUGUAUCUGGAGUGAAUCGGGAUGGCCAGUAGAAAUUCCAGUCUGUUGACUCCAGGACAGGACUUGGAUUUUGAUUUGGAAAUGGAAAUUGUUUUCAGAUAGGAACUUGUAAUUGUAUUUUUUUCUUUA